AUGAAGCGGUUAUUAGAUGCUGUCAAGGUGACAGCACCUAGAGAUGGUCACCUCUCCUGGCUAACAGCAGAGCGGAAGCUCGUCGCAGUGUGGCUCGUCCUGGGGGUACUGCCUCUGGUUCUGCAGAUUCGAAGCUACGCGCAGUUCGUCAAGCCUCACAUGUUGCCCGAAGCCCUCGUAGUGCCGCCCGAUCAGGAGAAGAAAACCGCGAAUCUGACCCAAGUCUGUCCGGCGGAGGCGUUCGUCCUGGCUGGAGUCUGGUGGAACAUCGAACCAGCUCACUACUACACGACCGAGAACGGGAUCAUUUGCCAUACAGUCACGUCGCAGUACAACACGCAUCAAAACUACUUCAUCGGCAGCUCCAAGGUAGAACCGUACCGUACGACCCCAUCCAGUUGCGCCAACGACAGCUUCACUUUCCACGCGUACUUGUACCACGCCAGCUUCGGGUUCUACUCGUUCUACGGAGGAAACAUUGGCACGUAUUGCAGCAAGGACAAGAGCGCGUACCUUGUCGUGGAAGUUUUGGGGGCGUAUGACAUCAACGGACCUUUGUUGGCUAAUGACACGGGGAGCACGGAGUCCAGGAGGUCGUACUGGUAUAGCACGGCGGGCGCAUUGUGGCUGGUGUAUCGCUGUCUUGUUAUCCGUCGGAGCUACUUGUUGCUGGGGAGCUAUGGGCGCAGAUGCGAUGAAAUGGGAGAAACCUUGCACCUAGAGGCGGUGGUCGUGUUCGUUCAGGAAAGUUUGCGACUGUCGGCGCAUGGAGCGACAAACUACCAUCGAGUGGGGUUACUCUACCUGGUGGUGGAGGGGGUCAUGACCGACGUGUUCCUCAUUAUCGUGAAAGAGGGUUGGGCUACCAAAGUGCAGUACGCCUCGUUGGGCUAUAACCUUUCGGGGCUGAUGCUGCUGUUGUUCGAGAUGGUGGAGAGUAUGCAGUGA